AUGGCUGCGAAACAAUCCGCCGACAGCUGCGCUAUACUCGAGGCCGGCGUCUUCUCCCUUCUCAUCCGGGGCCGGGUGGGAACUGGCCCGUCUAAUGGAGUAAACGACAUGAAUAGCAUCGCACGAUCUUAUAUACUACUACACCCUAUUGCUCGUGCCGAACGGCCCGUCAAGAAAACACUCGCCAACAAAAAUUCAGCAAGGGUCUUGAUACUGCCAAAGAAAGCGCUCCCGUCUAAAGGAGAGCGCUUCAUGGCGUUUGUUGCCAAAGCAAAUGCAUCAGACGAUGGCGUCGAGGACGAACUCGCCACACCAGCCGAUUACGAGACAAAAACCUCGGGCAUUCGUCACACGCCAGCCGCGAUAAAGGUCUGCGAGGGCACGUAUACCCUGUCAUCGGCGGCGGGUGGUCGCAAAACUCAUCUGGUUUACGCGAUAACGCAGCCAGAGACCCUAAGCAAGUUUCUGAGGGAGCAUCUCAAGGUCCAAGACCGAGGGAGCUUUUUGAUUAGUACCAGAAAUCCUACCUAUGAAGGCCCGGCCAAUGUACAGCUCCCUGCAGGGCCGGAGUUUUCAGAAGAGAUAUUGAGCCAUUUUCGAUCCCUACGCUGGAUCCCAUCGACCCCUGAUCAUCUAGACUAUGCUAAUGCUCAGGUUCUGCUUAUUGGUGAGAAAUCUGUUGUUGACGAGGACCGCGAGUCUGAGGAUGUGGACCGCGAGCUUGAGGUCAAAGUCGAAGAUGUAGAUAUGAUCUAG